AUGGAUUUCUUCCUGACUCAGUUCUCCCUUCACUUCGUGUCUUUCUCCCCGACUAUCCUGUCAUGCGAUGUUGUUGACUCCAACGGUGGUCCUCGUUAUGCCGUACGGACGGAGCUGCUCAACGGAACCCUCGUCACCACUGUGACGGACGCACUUGGCAGAGCUCUGGCAAUCUUGGACUGGAAGAACAAGCCAGCAGUCGAGAUCAGUGGUCACAUAGGGCGGCAGGCCGCCUCGGAGUGGCUUGUGCGUUCCGAGAAUGGAAGUUCCAGAACCAUGGAGCUCGGCGCUAUGCACUAUCGAUGGGUUACGCAUGAGGACAACCUCUGCCUGACUAUGCAUCUCCGUCCGGGGGCUGACGUUUUAUGCCGCGUCACGAAGACCAGGGACAUGAUCACGCUCGAGUUGACUCAGAACGCAAUAGUCAUUGGUCUGGAACUGCCAGCAAUUGUUGCUACCAUGCUGUUGAUGAGCGGGAGGAACAUAGAUUGA